UGGCAAGUGGCCCGAUUGGGAAACAGUUGUCCCCGAUAUUGCCCGACAUCUGGGCAGUAUAUAAGGGGAACUUGGCUGGCAAACGAGCAGUCAAAGACUGAAUCAGCAGCAUGUCUACAGUGUUUGUAGUGGCCCUCAUUCUCUGCGGAAUCCUGCAGGUUGUGUACUGCCAGGAUAACACAACCACUACGCCCACGGACUACUGUCAGAGUGGUUUGUGUCAUUUUACGAAAAAACACAUUGCCUGUAGAAACAAAGGAGAGAUUAGCAAACAGUGUCCUGCUGGCGCCCAGCUGGUCAAUCUAAGUGGUCUGCAUGAUCUGAUCCUGGAUGAGCACAAUGCAUUGCGUAAUAUCCUUGCUGCUGGAAAAGUCUCGAAUUUACCUCAACCCGAUCGCAUGGCCACACUGCAGUGGCAUACCGAACUGGAGUAUCUGGCCACACUGAACGUGAAGCAGUGUGAUUUGAAGUACGAUCUUUGUCACAAUACUCCUGAUUUCGGUAACUCUGGCCAGAAUCUGGCACUGGUCAAUAUAAACUUGCUAAAAGGAGAUGGAAAUCACACAACUGAGUGUCUAAUAAGGGAGUCUAUUGGCGGCUGGUGGAAUCAGAGUGCCAAUAUCACAAAGGAGCAGUUGCAGCGUUUUCCAAAGGGAAAAUUGGCUGAAUCCAUUAGCAACUUUGCCGUUAUGGCCCGAGACAACAACACGUUCGUGGGUUGUGCUGCCUUGAGUUUCGAGAAGCCCGCUGGCCAUCCUCAAUUCCUGUUGGCCUGCAAUUAUGCCAGCAAUUAUGUCCCCGACUGGCCUAUUUACCGGGAAAAAGCCAUCGGCUGCCAGUCGGGCUCUGACCCCAAGUAUCCAUCCCUUUGCAAGGCUGGUGAGCAAUAUCAAGAGCAGCCGAUGGAUGAGACCACUAAGGCGAAGAGCUUUUGGAGGCUGUAGGAGUGCUAAAAAUAACACUUAGCCAAGUGGGCGGAGUGGGCGGAGGUGCACUCACAGUCUAUUUAACAUGUUGAUUUGUGUCACAGUGCGUGGCGGUCAUAUAUCAUCUCACAGCAGCCGCAUUAGUACAGACACCUGGAAAACCAGUGAUGCCAUUUUAUGAAAGCCAAAAAAAUCCGAAAAUUUGAGUAAAAUAAUAUAAGCUGUGAACGAAA